AAUUACUCUAUAAACUUUUUUGCCUUGAUUCUCUAUUUACUUGUUUGUUCAAAUUACAGAUGAAGCAAACGGCGAACAACCUGGUGGCAGCGGGUGACGACGGGUCAAAAUCUGCGACAUCAAAGACAGUCGAUCUGUCCAAGGUGAAGAGAAAGAAUUCAAGCUCGCAAGCGCAGCAGCGGCUCAAGAAAGUCAAGGAAAUGCUGGUGGCGAAGCGGUUGCAGGAAAAAAACCAAAAAUUAGCCAGCGCCGAAUCGGAUAAUAACACAGGCGCGGAUGCAAGCCAGAAGCAGAACCAGCGGCAGCAACAGCAGCAUCAAAAUAAAUCCCAGAGUCAGAUCAAGAAACCCACACAGAAACUGAGCUUGACGCCGCCGAACAAACUGAGCGCAUUGCAGCAGAAGAUGCAGCAGAAGCUCAAGGGUGCUCGUUUCAGAUGGAUCAAUGAGGCGCUGUACACAACAACCGGAGACAAGGCCUUUGAAAUGGUCCAAGGCGACCCCAGCAUCUUUGAGGAGUACCAUCAGGGCUUUACGGCGCAGGUCGAAAAGUGGCCGGUUAAUCCGGUCGACAUGUUCAUCAAACAGCUUCAGGCACGGGACCCUCUUGUUGUGGCGGAUAUGGGCUGCGGCGAGGCGAGACUGGCCGCAACCGUCGGCGCGGUGCACACAGUGCACUCGUUCGACCUGGUAGCGUACAACGAUCUGAUCACGCCCUGUAACGUGGCUGACGUGCCGCUUGCCGACGGUACGGCUGAUAUUGUUAUAUUUUGCCUUGCGCUGAUGGGCACUGAUUUCCUCAAAUUCAUUCGUGAGGCCAACCGCAUAUUGCGCACCGGAGGCGAGCUUAAGAUUGCCGAAGUUGUCAGCCGCGUUUCCGACGUCGACGCCUUUGUGGCCGAGCUCGAGGGGCAAGGAUUCAAGCUGAAGCACAAGGAUACCAAGAACAAGAUGUUUAUUAUGCUGGACUUUGUCAAGGUCAGGGCAUCGCCCGCAAAGCUGACUGCAAACCCCGGGCUGCUCAAGCCCUGUAUAUACAAGCGCCGCUGAUCUGCCGACUUUAAUCAAUUCACCAGGCAGACUGGGAGCGGAGGGGAAUAAAAUUAAAGUGCCGUUUUGUUUCUUUUGGCAUGUGAUGCGCGUUUAUCUUCCUUUGCUAC